AUGGGCGCAGACACGCAACCAGAGCCCGCGCCGCCCACGGACGACGGCCUCCCGCCAUCGACGUCGUCGGCCGUCGACAACUUUGGCGACCUCCUCGCGCAGCUGCUGCAGUCGCUGCCGGCCGAGUCGUCGCGGCUGUUCCUCUUGGCGCUCAGCGGCCUCUCGCCCAGUGAGAGCGCUGAGCUCUGCCGCUACGUGGACCGUCUGCGCGACGAGAAGCAGUUCCGCGUGGUCAAAGCAAUGGCCGAGUCGACGUUCGACGGGAAGAAGAAGUUUAUCGUCAACUUGCGCCAGAAGUUUCAGGUCCAACAGGCGAAACUCGCGCAGGCGCAGGCGCAGGAGGAGCGGGCGAUGGCGUCGCACGCGAUGCGCAAACAGGCGAUGAAUGCUGCCGACCGCGUCAAGAUGCUGAAUGGUGGCGCGAAUAAAUUCCACUCGUUUAACGCGGUUGUGGGUCCUGAUGGCAAGGAAGUCCAGACGAGCAAACUGACCGCUCAGAAUUUGGCUGGUAUGCCGAAUGCCGACGGUGUUGUCGUAGGCCGAUCGCUGUCGUCGUCGUCCGUAGUGAUCUCGAAAGAAGACAUCUCGCACAUGGGGCGAUUGCUGAGCAACUCGCACAUCAACGAGUCGGAGAUGAAUCUACGCGAGCUCGAAAUCAACAAGAAGGGCUUUAUUCCGAGCGGCAACACCGCAUCGAGUUCCACACACGACGAUAGUGACGACCAGUCAACAGUGAAGCGCGACCGUCCACAGAGCAGUCGAGUGCUCGUCGAAGGAGAGCAGAAGCCUACACAACGCACGCGCCCUGACACUGGUUCAUCGGUAGCAGCUGGAAACAACGAGGACGGCGAGAGUUGCAAGAGCAACGCGGAAGCAGUGGACGAUCUGGAUGCUCCAACAACCAAGCGCUGGACGAAAGGCCAGGACACUGCCCUUCGGGAGAGUGUCCGCAUCCACGGCGAAAAGAACUGGAAAGCUAUUGCUGAGCUAGUACCAGGUCGGAAUCAUGCCCAAUGCUUGCAGCGUUGGCGGAAGGUUCUGAAGCCAGGCCUCGUAAAGGGUCAUUGGUCAUUCGAAGAGGACCAGGUGCUGGAGUAUUUAGUGACACAGGGUUGCAACAAUUGGGGCCAGAUAGCAGAGCGUAUUCCAGGACGUACACCAAAGCAGUGCCGUGAGCGAUGGAAAAAUCACUUGGACCCGGCCAUCAACAAGGGACCUUACACUGAAGAAGAAGACUCGGUGAUUCUUACCGCGCAGGCAAGGCUCGGGAACAAAUGGUCGCAAAUUGCUCAGCUCUUGAAGGGUCGCACAGAGGACUCGGUGAAAAUCCGCUGGAAGUCGCUCAAGCAAAACCCUAGCAAGGCCGCCGCUUCGCACGCACAGCACAAGAAGAACCAGCAGCAGGCACAAGCUGCCGCGGCACAGCAAGCGGCAAUGGGCUACAAUAAUCCGACAUUGAUGCGUCAGCGACAGCUGCAAUUAUUGCAACAGCAGCAGCAUAUGCAGGCGCACAAUGCGGAAGCUGUGCAGCAGCUCGAUCAACAGCAGCAGAUGCAGCAAAUGCGUCUUCACGAGAAGCUCAUGCAGCAACAGAUACAGCAGGGUCAGCACGUCAGCCACGUUGCCAUGCUGACGGAGGAUCUGAAGGCAGAGCCGUACCAGCAAAACCGCGCAAUGCUCAUGAGUCACUCGCCUGGGGGCGAUCCGAGUUUAUACGCUGCCAGUGCGUACGCUCCGCAGCCUUAUGCCCCUCAGCAGCAGUACGAGAGUCAGGAGUAUGUCACCGACAGUAGCUAUGACCCGCGGUACUACGAACGUCAGCCAUCGACUGGAGCAGUUAGUCAAGGGACGUCUCCAGCGCAUCAGCUGGACCACCACCACCACCACCAGCAGCAGAAUGUCGGCGAGUCGUGGCUCGUGCCCGGCGUUGCCGGCACCACCGGAGACAUCAUUCAAGACGGGCUGCCCCGAAUGGGUGACAACCAGCAACAACCCCAGCAGUCCCAGCAGCACGGCGUCACGAGCAUGUGGGAUUCGUACCCGCGUCCACAAGACACGACGUCCCAGCUGAGUCCGCUGAGUCUGCAGACCCUGUUGCAAGACCCCGCACGUGGCGGCGCACUGGACGCGAACUUCUACCAGACGAUGGGGCAGCACGAGCACGAGCAGCAGCAGCAGCAGCAGCAGUCGUCUGCGUUCCCCUUUGAAAGUGGGCUGUCCAGUUUCGACAGCUCGUCCGCGAUGGCGUUUUCGCACACACAGGCGCUGUAG